CAGGCUAUUGUAGACGCACACCGAAAAGUCGCCGCUCGGCUAUGUAGAUCCCACCUCCCCGAGGUCCCCAACGCGGGGUGUAUAAAAGGGCUGACGUACCACACACCUCUUUGUUGUAUUAGGAAUAACAGUAGAAAAUCUCAUCAUGGCUGCUUCUUGCGAUAAAUCUAAACCGUAUAUGCCGCUGGCCGACAUUGCACCCGGGGCAUACUCCAGAGAGACCGAGGCGACGGCUACAUGCUUCUGUGGCGCCGUUCAACUCGCCUUUCCUACAGAGAAACCCGGUCUGGUUGGAACAUUUGUUUGUCAUUGCGUCGAUUGCCGUAAAAUCACAGGUUCCAUGUUCGCAUCCAACUUUACCAUAGCCGACAGCCAUCUCCGGCACCUGCGCGGCCAAGAUAACCUCCAGACAUUCGCACAAGACAAGACGCCUGUGUCAGGAAAGACCAUGACCAAUUACUUUUGCAAGACGUGCGGUGCGCUCAUGUACCGCAAGGGUGCGGCGUAUCCGGGGGUCAACUUCUUGCGAAUUGGGACGGUGGACGACUUCAAUCUGCACGAGACCAAGCUGAAGCCGCAGACGGAGCUGUUUGUCAAGGAUCGUGUGGGGUGGAUUGCGGGUGUGAAUAUCGAGGGGAUCCCUCAGGUUGCGGGUAUGUCGUAGUUGUUGUGUUUGUGUUUGUGUUGAGUGGGUAGUUGUGGUGUACGGUGUUUGGUGCAUGAUAGGCGUAGAUGUGGUUGUUUGGUUGAUGCAUGACGUUCUGCACGAUGCUGGGCUAAUAAUGAUUCCUAGGCCAACCCGCGCAAUCACAAGCCCGGCUCUAGUACUGGAUGGCGUCCAACGAAUCCAUCCAGCCAUUGCGCGCUUGCUACAUACCCGGCUUCGUUACGCAUUAGCCCAACCAGUUGCCUAAGCUCGAGGGGGGUUAUGCAGGUCCAGAUGCUCUGCUCGACAACCAACCGAGUUGCCAGCUCCUCUUCUUCCUCCCGACUCAAACGAUGCCUCUUAUGAUUCCCAUUGGCUUGCCUGUCCUGGGCUGCUUGAUUGGCCGUGGUGUCACUCUCUCCGGGCGCGGCUAUGAUCGACUUAAGCUCGGGAUAGCGAGCAAUGAAGGCAUCCAGCCAUUCAGGGCUUGCCAUGUACGUGACUUCUUCGCGAAGUAACCCGACGACGCAUCUAACGAAGCUCCGGGCCCAUUUGGUCUGACGCUGAUGCAAGAUCAACCAAUCUGCCAGAAGCUUCUCUUUCUCAGGGGUCAGAACCUUGCGAUUCGCAUUGGCCUGAUCUAUCGUGGCAUACUCUUUCCGGGCUUCAAACGAUCAUGAAGCGUGAAUUUGGUAAUUUCAUACAGCUUGGCAGCUUCUAUGGCUCGAAGACGCCCCUCGCGCACGUCUUGAAUCGCCUUUUGCAGGUUUUCCUCUGUCCAGGUUGGUCG